AUGACUGGCAACGAGGGCGAGUCCCUCGGCGACGAUGGUUACUCGCGCACCAUCGACAAGCUCCGUGAGCUCGGCAUCGCCGAUCUCGUUCCGCUUCCACAGCUCGUUGUGGUCGGAGAUCAAUCCUCGGGUAAAAGCUCCGUUCUCGAAAGCGUCACUGGCUUCGCCUUCCCCCGCUCCCCCGAGCUCUGCACCCGUUAUGCCACUCAGAUCACUUGCCGUCGUGAUGAAACUGAGAGCGUUCAUGUUACGAUCAUUCCUAGCCAGGAGUCAAACGAUGAUCGGAAGGAACGAUUGCGGGCUUUCGUCUAUUCGGUUCAAAAGAACGAUAUGGCCUUGGCCGACGUUUUCGCAAAGGCGAACAAGACCAUGGGACUUCGCGGCGUCAAAGACGGAAGUGCCUCGGGCUCAGCAUUCACCGAGGACAUCUUGAAGAUUGAGAUCGGUGGUCCAAAGCAACACCACUUGACCGUCAUUGACGUCCCUGGAAUUUUCCGCACUGCCACCAAGGAUCUAACGACCGAUGACGACAUCGUCCUGGUCCGAAACAUGGUUCAGAGAUACAUCAAAGAUCAGCGUACUAUCAUUCUGGCCGUAAUUCCCUGCAAUGUCGAUAUUGCGACACAGGAAGUCCUUACCUUGGCGAAGGAGGUCGACCCUGAUGGGAUUCGGACCAUGGGUGUCCUCACCAAGCCUGAUCUCGCUACCGAGCGCGCCACCAAGCAGAUCGUCUGCGAGCUCGUCGAGGGCAAACGCCAUUCUUUGCGACUCGGCUAUUGCGUCGUGAAGAACCGGAGCGCUGACGAUGAGACCUCGACCAUUAAGGACCGUAACUCCUCUGAGAAAGCGUUCUUCUCCGCGGCCCCGUGGACACGGCUGAAGUCCACCAAGAGAGUUGGCGUCGGGAGUCUUUCAAAACGUCUUCGAGACUUGCUCCGGGAUGUUUCCAAGAAGGAGUUCAAGAACGUCACUGCAGAGGUCCUUCGUAUGCUUCGCGAGAACGACUUGGAGUUGGAGCGCAUGGGCCCAUCACGAAGUGGCCCGGAUGCCCAACGAAGAUUUCUCGGUCAAGUUGCUUCGGAUUUCCAAGAUGCGGCCCGUCGGGCUCGCGAUGGCCACUACAGCGGAAUGGCCAUGUUUGACGAGAACCCCAACCUCCGUCUCGUCACUCUCAUCGUGAGCAUCAACGAAGAGUUCAACGACACCUUUGCUCUGCGUGGCCACACAAGACACUUUGACGGCCCCAUUGAUCAGGAGGAUGACAUGGAGAAGUCCCCCGAGCCUUCGAAACCCAUUGAAACUGAUCGGAAACUCUCUGGCAUACUGAGAGAAGUGGGCUUUGAAUGCCCGGAGCCGUUGAGCGACUCUUUGCUGGCUGACAUCGAGAUAGUCUUCCACCAAUCUCGUGGAGCUGAACUUGGAUCGUUCGGAGGUUCAGUCUUGGCACAGGUCUUCAAGGAGCAAUCCAAAAAGUGGAAGCCACUGGUUUUGCAACACGUCAGUCGUGCCAUUGUGAUCGUCCACGACUUUAUCGGCGAAACGCUUCGUCUCAAAUGUCCCGACGACGGCACCUUCGAGGAGCUACACGAUCAAUUCCUGCUGCCCAAGCUCCGGGCCUCAUACCAGAGAGCUAUGGACCAUGCCCAGUUCCUCAUCGACGUCGAGCUCAGCGGACAGCCGUACACGAUGAAUCACUACUUCAACAGCAACCUUCAAGUGUCUCAGGCAACGAGACUGCAAGAGGCUAUUGACAAAGUCGUAGGCCCGGCGACCUGCAAUGCCUCUGAAAACGGCGCGAGCAACGGUAUGAGCAAAGGCGGUGGCUCUGGCUCAACCGCAGCACCAAAGACAACCGGAGGCGUCUUGGGACCUGAUAGAGAUGAGUCGCCUUUCAACUUCUCGCAGCAAAAGAAAGAUGAACCAUCCGGUGCAGCGGGCUGGUGGGUUCCGAGGGCGAUGAUCCCCAAGCUCACGACGAACCGUUCCAACGCGGAGCAGGUCCGAGAGGACAUCCACGACAUCCUGCGCAGCUACUACAAGGUCGCCCGCAAGCGUUUUGUCGACGUCGUUCUGCAGCAGGUCAUCUUCCACUUUCUCCUUGAUGCUCGAGACAGCCCCAUCAAGAUUUUCUGUCCGGACCUAGUCAUGGGGAUGAACGACAGGCAGCUGAGAAUGAUCGCAGGCGAGGACUCGGCCACGCAGGAGAAGCGUGAGCACCUCGCGAGGAUCGUUGAGAAUCUCAAACUUGCGGCGGAGGAAUUGAGAUUUGGAUCGAAGUAG